UGUUGAGUUGAUAGACCUCUUCUUUCAGAACGACGAUCGUUGUUGCAUGACUCUCAGGACUUGAACCAGUAUUGCACUGUUCUUCCUAUUAAUAUUGUCGUUGUGCGCCUGCCAUCCUAUUGUCUGGGAUGAGCAAGGUUUCGUUGGCCUCCGUUAUCAUUUGCCUUCUGGAGGUGUGUGAAAUGGGAACGGACAUGCUCAAAGUCCUCUUCUUUCUCUUUCUCGUUCACCAACUGGUAGUGCGUAGCGAUGGGCGCAGGCUCUCCUCGUACACUAGAACUACCGACACUACUAGUAUCACACCGGUACCGGCGCCCGCUGUUGUUGUAUCGCCUGACGAGCAAGCCAGUGAUAGGACAACAUGCCAACCCACUAGUAGUUUUACUCACGCUGAGCAUCGUCCGACAUUACCGACUAGCAAAGCUGCUGCAACGACGUGUGAGCAUCAAGGGCAUUCACUGCAACUGCCAAGUGCCGUGCACACGUUCGUCUGCCGUCUGAAGGAUCGGUACGGCAAUGCGAAGGUAAAUCUAGGACGGGGCAUGUCGAAGCGGCCACAUCGCAUGCCCCUAGACGAUGUAUUUGUAAACCUAGUGGUAGUACCCAGUGAAAACUUGGAGUGCUUGAAUAAUGAGGAUGGGUCACUGACUGAAAUACACAAGUGCAAACAUGUGUUUGCGUCGGCAGCGGGCAAAGCGGAAAGCGUGCAACUUGCAGAUGUGUUUGAAGGGGAGGCGACGUCGCAAGAAGAAGGAGAUGUUGAUAGGACUAGUAACGGUGUUGACGUAAAUGAAGGCGAGUCUGUGCGUGUUUUGGCAGCUGCGUGCGGCGGAGCAGGUAAAACAACCAUAUUCCUACUGAAAGGACCUAUGGAAUGGGCACGGGGAUUGAUCUGGAGAAAGUUGGCCAUUGUAGGCGCCGCAGCACUUCGCGAAGCCAGCGUUCGUCGCGCUAAGAACAUAAUUGAACUGUUUAAACUGGAGAGUUUUGGCAUAUCGGAUCAUGCUGAUCAAAAGGCUAUAUCUGAUUUCAUUUAUGAGAAUGCGCAGCAUAUUGGUUUGAUUUUUGACGGCCUAGAUGAAACUAGGUUAGGCGAGUGCAGUGAUUUUGUUCAGAACAUUAUUCGCGGUGAGGAACUGAAAGGCAUUAACUUACUACUUACGUCGAGGCAUUCAUCUGAAGUUGCCAAGCUGUCGUCGGCAUGCCCAUUCGAUCGGAGACUUGAGGUAGUCGGUUUCACCGAGGAGAAGGUUCGCGAGUACGUGCACAAAGUCCUGUCAGCGGAAAAAGCGGAAGCGUUGCUUGAAAGGCUUGGGGAUAACCCGCAACUGGAAUCGCUCAUGCAAACGCCCUUCUUCACUGCGUCCAUAUGUGAAGUGUUUGACAAACGCGGUGAAAUUGCCGAGUCUCUCUCUGGCAUCAUGCUCUCCCUUGUACUGCAUAUGAUUCAACAGCGAAGCGGUGGAUUUCAUCGUGACUGGAAUUCACUGCCACGCACUGUACAAGAAGAUAUCUUGGAACUGGGCCAUUUUGCACUCAUCACACUAGCCCAGAAGAAGAUCAUUUUCGAAGAGAAGGAUUUUGAAGAACACGGCGUGUCUGAAAAGUCUAGGCUACUCGGUCUACUGGUUACAUGCGAUAGUGGCUCGUCGCUGCCAUGUGUGGAUCAGUGGCAGUUUAGCCAUCUGUCCGUUCAGGAAUAUCUUGCUGCUCGCUAUAUCCUGUCCACGUGUCCCACAGCAUCAGAUAUACACUGGCUAGUCAGUCAUCUAGGUGCAAACACAGGUCAUCUCAGCACCUUUUGGUGUCUGCUUGCAUCUGAGCUUUCAGAUGAGUCGACUGAAGCCCUUAUCCGGUCCAUUCUAAUCUACGAUGAGGACAAUGUGGAGGGACACGUGGGAGAGAAUGCAUCGAAAUGCCUUUCCGGGUUUCUGCGUUCCAGUGAGCAUGAUGUGUUACAGGUGACGGAAGAUUUGUGUUCAUUCCUUGAUGAACCGGCUAUGACCAGUCUUGCUGGAGUUCUCUUGCAUGACCUUCUUCCAACUACCGUUAAUGCAGUGGAUGAAGUACAAGCAACCAUGUCACAGCGCCUCAGUGCAAGCAACGAGGACUUUGUUCAUGCCAUGUUACGACUGUGGAUACGCAAAGUACCGCGUGCCAGCAUCCGAAUGCUGAGCAAGGCUCUUGAGUCUAUCCACCCGGAACUCGCGCAAAGGCUUCGCUCUUCCGAUAUGAACCACUUUGAUUACCACAUUGACAUUGAGGAGUGUGUGCCAUGGUACGUGAACAGCGACCAACUUCUUCUUGCCUUCCGGGUUUUCACGGAGAGUCGGGCCCCAGGCAGGCAAGCAGAUCGAGGGCCAUCACCCAGUUUGGAAUGCUAUUUCGCAAAGCGCCAUAAUCUCGAUUUGACAGGCUGUACACUAACAACACCCGACUGUUAUACAGUCGGUAUGGUACUAAGAGUACAUAGCAGUAUGAUCGAGAAGUUCGGUAUUUACUAUUGUUUCAUAGGAGACAGUGGUUAUCAACAGCUCUCUCUUGGCUUAGCAGAAUGUGAUCACUUGAAGGUACUCAAAGUCGGUGAGAACUUGUUAACUGAUCUACACGCUGCACACCUUGCACAUGUCAUUCAACGCAACAGCAACUACUUACAGAAGCUGCAUCUCGACGGAAACAACUUCUCCAGCGCUGGUGUGGCUGAGCUACACCAUGCAAUAGGGAAUUGUGCUAACCUCCAUGUUCUACGGUCUGGUGGUGAGGAAUGUGUGGAUGUGGUUACCUAUAUCACCAGCUUUGCUCACAUUCUACAGGCCUGUACUCAGUUAGUUAGAUUGUACCUCUCCCACUUCAAACUAGGCGAUAAAGGUCUCACAGUGCUUGCCCCAUACCUGCAUAAGCUGCAAUUGCGUGUACUAGAGCUGGCUGAUGUUGGACUAACAGCAACCAGUGCACCAACAGUCAACACCAUCCUUGCUUCUCAGUGUCAAUCUCUAGAGUAUCUCUAUCUUGAUGGUAAUAACCUAACAGAUUCAUUUCUUCUGGCCGUUGCUGAUACUCUAUGUCAGUGUAGGCAUGUUACCGUUGUGCGCCUGAACAACACUGGUCUGACAUCAUCUAGUCUGGCUACACUGGCUACUAUAGUACUCAAUAUGGGUGGUGUUGAGUAUCUAUACCUACGGGACAAUGACUUCAGUCAAGGUGAUGCCGCCGCUGCUGCCGAUCAGCUCAGAGUAGCACUAGUGGAGAGUAGACACCAGACUAAUAGGAGGUGUAACCUGUCCAUGCCUGGUUGUCAGUCUGUACACGGGAGAAUACAGGCAGUGCUUGAUGCCAUCAGUUAUGAAUAUCUGCUCGUUGAAAUUUGAUCGGGACUGAACCCUGGGUCGAGUUUUUGUUCCAUCAUGCGUACCCAUGCUUAUGCCGUGUGCCCAUGCUUUUGCUGUAUACCCAUGCUUUUGCUGUAUACUAGUAGAUCUACCCAUGCUUAUGCUGUAUACCCAUGCUUAUGCUGUAUGCCCAUGCUUAUGCUGUAUACCCAUGCUUAUGCUGUAUACCUAUGCUUAUGCUGUGUGCUCUACACAUGUACAUGUUGUACCUAUGCUUAUGCUGUGUGCACUACACAUUCAUGUGCUAAUCGCAUCUGUACAUCAUACUGCAGUGUAGAUAUUGAGAAGUAGUAAUCUCACACCUGGUGACUGAUAAAGAGUAUUAUUUUCAUCACUGCAUUUUCUCUACAUUAUGUCUUGAACACCGUGUGUAUAAUACUUUCCAACUCUAUGUGCUGUAUAUACUAGAUUUGACCCAUUUCUUUUCCCAACGACUUGCAACCGGUUGUCACGACAUUGCCAGCUUUGUUCACUACCAUUUACAUACAACCCAUACUGUUCAGUUUACGGGUUUUUGGUUUAUUACAGUUUUUGUGUUGAUGCCAAUUUUGGCUUAAUUCCAGCUUUUGUGUUGAUUUCAGUUUCGUGUUGAACCGAAUUUUUGGGUUUUAUUCCAGUUUUGGUUUGGUUUGAUUCCAGUUUUUUUGUAGAUUCCCAUCUGUUGUUGGUUUUGAUUCCAGUUUUGUUUUUUUCUGAUUUGGGUUUUAUUCUGGUUUUAUUCCAGUUUUCGUUUUUUUUCUAGCUUUUGUUUAAUUCUAGUUUUGGUUUGAACGUACCCGUACUGUUGUGUACUGGGAACGUCAGUCGUUAAGAACAUUCUUACGAGUUUGUUCCGUCGACAAAUAUUUCUCUCUUUUGAUUACCGGAAUUAUGUACCUGUGUCGUUUCAUGGCGAAACGCGAAACAUCGUAAAUUGCCGCUCCCCGCACCUGAACCAGGCGUUGUAAACUUGUAGUUAUUUGCAUAUACCUCCCUGGACCGGUCGGCCAUGUUGAAGUACCAUGUGAUUUGUUUUUGAACUUUCAAAACAGUUUAGAAAUACGCAACCCUGACUGCCGUCUUCUUCUUUUGCACUUUUACUCUGCUAGCCUGGGCAUUUUCCUAAUUCCUUCCGUUUUCCAAUUCACACUGUGAAUAAUUUUGAAUAAUAACACAGUAUAUGAAUA